CGGCCAAUGUGCAAGCGCAACAGCCCACCCAUCCCGGCCCCCGACCCGCCGCCCACGAAGCAGCGCGCGACGGACAGCCCCUGUGAAGCCGAGGCGGCCGGAGCCGACAAAUCAGCUGCGCGGGAGGUCCAGCUCGAGCGCCAGCUCCUGCAGGCGGGCGGCAAGGGCGGCUCAGCGGCCGUGUACGGUAACGUGCCGGUUGUUGACCUGUCCUUGCCCGACGACGAGGUCCGCGCGGCCAUGAUUGCCGCGGCCAGCGAGGUCGGCUUCUUCUCAGUGACCAACCACGGCAUUCCGGAGGCGGCGAUCGACGAGGCGUUUGGCGCGUCGGCCACCUUCUUCGGGCAGGAGCGGGCGGCCAAGGCGGAGCAGGCGCCCUUCGCCGCGCACCUCAACUGCGGCUACGAGUACAUGUCGCAGGUACGGCCUUCGACCGGCACGCCGGACCAAAAAGAGAGCCUCCAGGUCACCGCGCGCCGCGGGUCGAUGGACGGCCGGUGGCCGUCCACAGACGGCUUCGAGCCCGCCGCUCGCACACUCAUCAGCGCGGCGCACUCCCUCGGCAACAGACUGCUCUCGCUGCUCGAGCCGGUGGCCUGCCCGCACCUGCCCGCCGGCACGCUCGCGGGGGCGCACACGCUCUGGGCGGAGGAUGGGCAGUGCACGCUGCGGCUGCUGCACUACCCGCCGGUGGACGUGUCGAGUGUGCCAGAGGACUACUGGCGCGCCGGCCCGCACACGGACUGGUGCAACCUUACCCUCCUCUUCCAGCGCCCCGGCAAUGCUGGCCUCGAGUGCGCCGCCAACCCGCGCGCGGGCGGCGCGGGCUGGCUCAAGGUGGACCCGGUCGAGGGUGGCAUCGCCGUCAACAUCGGCGACAUGCUCUCGCGCUGGUCCAACGAUAGCCUCCUCUCCAAUCUUCACCGCGUCCGCAUGCCCACGCCGGAAGAGGCGCGGCCGCCGCGGCCGCGCUACUCGAUGGCGUUCUUCAUGCAGGCCGGCUCCUCAUCAUUCCGUAGUGCCUCCUGCGUCUUGACCAACCCAUCCCCGUCCUUUGGGGCCCACAGCGCCCCAAAAUCCACCAGUGCACACAAAGAUCGCAAGGAGGAGUAUGCGCAGCAUCGGGAGGCGGCCUUCCGCGGAAUCUGGAACAUGCGAGAUGACCUGCGGGAGGCGUGCGUGCGGGAGACCGCACCGAGGGUCGAGGUAGCAGGCCGGGAGUACCCGAUGCUAUGGCAGCCGGCGGACUCGCCGGCGGUGCGCUCGCUCGAGCGGCGGCUGGCUGCGGCGUUCCGCCCCGGCGGGAUGGAGCGGGAGGCGGCGGGCCGCACCAUCCUCUCCGAGUUCAUGCUGCUUUCGCCACGGCUCGGCUCGAUCGGGUGGAGCCAGAUACGGGCAGCGGCGACGGAAGCGACGGCCGGCGGCGACGAUGAGGAGGCGGGGCGCAUGGGGAGGGCCCUCGGCACGGUCCUCACUCGGGCACGAGACGAAGCGGAGCGACGCAUGGCCGCCCUCAGACAGGCCCGCGACGAGGCGAGGCAGAGCGCCGGCGGCCAGGCGGCGGGCGCGCCCGGAUGGGAGGACACGACGCUGGAGACGCUGGUGGUGAUCUCGGGCGGCCUCCACAUGUUCGCCUACAAGGCGCGCAAGUACGACCACGAGAAGCGACGCGGCGAGGGAGCAUCGGCGUUCUGGGGAGCCUUCGUGGCCGCGAUGAAGGAGGGCGCGGCGUGGACGCCGCCACAGAGCCUCUCCGAGGCCCAGCAGAAGGCCGGCGCCAGGCUCCACGCGAUGCCCUGGGUGCUUCAGCAGACGCCGACCGCAGGGAUGGCCCGCAGCGCCGGGCACGCCCAGCCAGCUCCCGAGGGGCCGUCGUCGGGGGCCUCGAGUGAGCAGGCGAAGGCCGAGCAGGAGAGGCUGCGUGCGGUGGCGGAGCAGCGAGCGGAGGAGCGCCGGCGGCGGGAGGAGCGGCGGGCGGCGAACGCUCAGUGGUGGCGAGCGGUGUGGCGCGAGGCGGAGACCGCGCGCGCUAGGGUUCACCAGAUUGCGCGGCUUGUCUCGGGAGGGCGGUGGCGGGCGCGGUACCCGGAGGUGCUCAUCGUCGACCAUUCGCCGCUGCUUGUGGAACUGCUCCACAGGCAGCUCGAGGCGCAGCCCCUGAGCGCGCGCUGCUGGGGGAGUCCGCACGCCCUAGCGGACGAGGCGAGUGACGAGUAA